GUGUGCACUGGAGGAAUAAAUUGAAGUGUUUGGCUUACUUCGUGAGCACACACAGUCAUGCAAAACUACGUACGCUCGAGAUCUACUGUGAAGCGGAGGAUGUCGUUGAGCUGCGGUACUUUGUCUCAAACCGAACCGUGAACGUGAACAUCGUUGUCGUAGUCAUCGGAAGGGCAGCGGAUCGAUUGCGGAAUGCAGAGCAGCGCGAUCUAGUGGGGUCAGUAAUUCUGGCAGCAAGAGAAAUUGGACCGAAGUACAAGCGGAAUGUGGAACAGAGAACACUAUUGUAUGCACCGGCUUGAUGAGAGCAGUGCACGAGAUGUGGUCGGAGGGAUUCUGAGAUGUUUGAACGAGUGACAACUAUUUGCUAACCUAAAGAGCUCGACUGAGUGAUGAAGAGUACAUGUAAAUGCUGGAACCGCUGGAACUGCUGGAAAUGUCUUUAAGUCAUAAAAGAUGUGCUUGAGAAAAAUACCGAAUUUGGAAAUUGACCGGAGGCCCGAUGGUGGUUUUCAAAAGGCGUUUCCUGUUGAUGGAGAUUAUAUGGCUCGGAACUCCCUGGCCGGACCUUGCAACACUUACUCCUGCAGUCCUGACUUCAACAAUUCAGAAGAGUUUGGAAGUUAACUUUGGAGAGCACGGCCUUUCGUCUUGCUUGCAAUCCCUGCACGUGAAGUACUUCAAUCAAGUUACUGGUUUAUUCCUGGUGCAAUGUAGUCGGGAAGAAUUUCGAAAGUUGUGGUGCGCAAUCACCUUCAUAUCGGAUAUCCGAAAUCUACCCGUUCUCUUCAAUCUUCUAGAUCUGAGCGGUAACAUUAGAACGAGUCGGAAGACUAUUGCGAAGUUUGAGCAAGAAAAACUUAGGCUAUUAAAGCUUCAGCCGGAGCCUUUAACUCGUAAAAAGCUGGACCUCUUCAAUACAGCGUUUCAAAAGGCCCAGGCUUGGGAUACGUAGCGUCCUAAAAUUGAUUUCUCGGGUCCAGUCAAGAAUGAAAACCUAGAUGGUUAUUAGAACUGUUACACAUUUUUGUUUCUGAAUGGGUACCAGUUCAGAUAUAAUAACUUUCUUCCAUAGUCAACAGCACCUCCGCCUUUGAUCCCCGAUAUGCGAUCAAAGUUGGAAAAGUUUAAAACCACCUGAAAUGCCUUUCUCCUAUUGAAUGACAUUUGGUGUUUCCUGAUGAUUUCUCCAGUUCACUCAGAAACGGUGUAUGUGAGGAUCUGUCCAUCCUUGAUACUUCGAGACGUUGGAGCAUCGGAGAAUCUUGCAAAGAUUCGGUAAUCACAGGAAAGUGCUGGCUGGAGGUUCUAACUAUCUGCUCGCGGAUUAUCUCAAGUCUGGAUAUUUUAAAUGUUUUACAGGAAUGAGGACUUUGAAACUUGGCUGUAUUCAUCUAACACCGUUUUCUUCAUCUUUGUGUCCAAAUUUAGUGUGCUCCCUGAAAUUUGAUGUACACUUAACCCCUUGUCAAUGCAAAGUCCCACAUGCCCGCCUUGGUGGAUUCCAGAGGACAGUCUCAUUCUCCCAUUGGAGUCCCUUGAGUGGAGUCCCAUGCACUCCCGUUCUGUCACUUAACUGGCAGGUGAUGUUUUCAGAAGAUUUGAGCUCCCGAUUGGGGGUGACUUAACAGACCAUCUCUUUUUCCUAGAUGAAACAAUACUAGUUGUCCACUGUUGGAUGUGUUCAUCGAGACAAAUACCUCUUGCCUGUGUCAUAAGUGAAAGGAUUCACAGUGUUCUCGUACUGUAAGCAAAUUUUCACUCUAAAUAUGAGGAUUUUCGC